AUGGGAUCUUCUGAGCCGUUGAAGGUCACAUUCAGCAGCCCGGCCAAGUACUGGACUGACGCCGUCCCGAUCGGAAACGGCCGCCUCGGCGCCAUGGUUUGGGGCGGGGUGGCCGCCGAGACCAUCCAGCUCAACGAGGACACGCUCUGGACCGGAGCUCCAGGAAACUACACUGACCCAGAUGCUCCCAAGGCGCUGGCUCAAGUUAGAAAUCUGGUUCACGAGGCCCAAUUCGUCCAGGCCACACAGGCUUCUGCCGGGUUGUUCGGUGGGCCCACACAGGUUUACCAACCAUUGGGAGACAUCAAGCUCCAAUUCGACGGCUCCCAUUUCAACUAUGGCGCCUAUUCCCGGGAGCUGGACUUGGAUACUGCAACAGCACGAGUUCAGUACACCGUCGGCGGCGUGGAGUUCAGAAGAGAGCAUUUCGCAUCCAACCCAGAUCAAAUCAUCGCCACUAGCAUCUCUGCGUCAAGCCCUGGGUCCGUAUCAUUUACCGUCUCGCUCGACUGCGCUCUCCCGGACCAUCGGGUUCACAUCAACAACGACCACAAAAACCAAAUUGUACUGAUCGGGAGUUGCAGUGGACAGCAGCCGGGUUCCACCGGGAUUCAGUUCGCUGCAGUUCUCGAGUUGGAGAUUAGUGCCGGCAACGGUGUAGUCUCGAGAUUGGAUGACGACGGCAACGGGUUGAGAGUUGAAGGUGCAGAUUGGGCUGUCCUGCUUCUGUCUGCUUCCUCUUCUUUUCAAGGCCCGUUCACCAACCCAGCCAAUUCCACUAGAAACCCGACCUCUCUCGCCCUUCUUGCAUUCCAAGAAGUUGCGAAGCUCUCCUACUCUGAUCUAUGGUCCCGCCAUGUCGAUGACUACCAGAGUCUCUUCCGCCGUGUUUUGCUGCAGCUGUGGACAGGUGCAGCAGCCGAAGCGGAUGAUCGUGCCGUUGCAGUUCGGACGACGGCGGAGAGGAUCAGGUCAUUCCAAGAGGAUCAAGAUCCUGCCUUUGUGGAGCUUCUGUUCCAAUUCGGUCGGUAUCUGCUUAUAUCUAGCUCGCGCCCUGGAACUCAGGUGUCGAAUUUGCAAGGGAUAUGGAACCCAGAUGUUAAGCCUGCGUGGGAUUGUGCGCCUCAUUUGAAUAUCAACCUGGAGAUGAACUAUUGGCCUUCCCUUCCAUGCAAUCUCAGGGAGUGCCAGGAGCCGUUAUUCGACCACAUUCAAGCUCUUUCAAUCAGUGGAAGUCAAACAGCAAAAGUAAACUACGAAGCAAGUGGUUGGGUUGUGCAUCAUGUGUCGGACUUAUGGGCAAAAUCCUCUGCAUAUGAAAGAGAUGCUAGGUGGGCAAUAUGGCCAAUGGGCGGAGCCUGGCUUUGCACUCAUUUGUGGGAGUACUACACAUACACCAUGGACAAAGAUUUCCUGCAAAAAACAGCAUACCCUCUCCUGAAAGGAUGCGCCUCAUUUUUGGUGGAUUGGUUGAUCAAAGGGCCCCAAGGAUAUCUAGAGACCAAUCCAUCAACUUCUCCAGAACACGUGUUUGUUGCUCCGGAUGGAAAACAGGCUUCAGUUAGCUACUCAUCCACGAUGGACAUGGCAAUUAUAAAGGAAAUUUUCUCUGCACUUGUUUCUGCUGCGGAGGUGGUUAAGCUCUUAUCGUGUUGCAGACAUGACAGCUUGUGGUUCUGUAUUUGAGAAUCCAGUGUAAUUGAUUUCUCUUGCUUCAGGUUCUGAAUAUGACCGAAGAUCCCCUUGUCCAGAAUGUCGGCGAGAUUCAAUCAAAGCUUUCUCCAACAAAAACUGCCAAAGAUGGUUCCAUUAUGGAAUGGGCACUAGAUUUUGAGGACCCAGAAGUGCAGCACAGGCACCUGUCUCACCUGUUUGGUCUGUUUCCCGGACACACUAUAACCAUUGAGAAAAAUCCAGACCUAUGUAAAGCUGCUGAGAAAACUCUUUACAAACGAGGAGAGAACGGUCCUGGAUGGUCAACUACAUGGAAAAUUGCUUGUUGGGCUCGUCUGAGGAACAGUGAGCAAGCUUAUAAGAUGGUCAAGCACUUGAUCCAGCCAGUAGAUCCGGAUAAGACAACCAUAGAUUUUGAAGGCGGACUGUACAGCAACUUAUUCACUGCACACCCUCCAUUCCAGAUUGAUGCAAACUUCGGUUUUACUGCAGCAGUUGCAGAGAUGCUUGUCCAGAGCACAAUGCUGGAUUUGUACAUACUUCCUGCCCUCCCUCGAGAGAAAUGGCCCAACGGAAGUGUCAAAGGGCUAAAGGUCCGAGGAGGACUGACUGUCGACGUAAGCUGGCGAGAAGGAGAUCUCCAUGAAGUUGGGGUUUGGCAGGAGAAUGAUGGUCAAGAGAUUAAUUUGGUCAAGAAAAUGUUGCAUUACAGGGGAAGAACAACUGAAGCAACGAUUUCGUCUCGCACUGUUUACACCUUUGAUGUCGGGUUCAAACUUGUGGAGGAAAUAUGAUUUUCAUGGGCUACAAUCUACAUGUGGUACUAAGGGAAUAAGAGAAACUCUGUGCCAAAAAUAAUAAUGUUAUGUGAAGUAAUGCAGCAGGGAAAGCUAAAUAUAUCUAUAUGAAGCUAGAUAAGAUGAGUGAAAUGGAGUUAUGUGAUAAACCAAUGAAGUGAAAUAUAUACAUAUAAUACUCUACCAUAUGCCCAGGGCCGGCCUUGGGCAUGCUGUCCAAAUUAUGAGCGUCUAUUGGGCUUAUAUGGUAAAUUACUAUUAUGUAAUAUUGAGUUUUGAUUGUGAAUUUGGAAUAAUAAAGACUAAUGUAUUGCGUUUUGAUUACGGG